GAAGUGCAAAUGUUUUAGUGUUUCAAAAACAACCGUAGGCUUUCAUAUAUAGUGUGUUUAAAACAAAAACAAUCAACGUUCGUUUUAUGACGGGACGAAAGUACAAGCUAGGUGUGGCUCUAGCAAUGUCUGAAUAGCCAGGAAACGUGAAGCGUAAAUUUAGCAAAACGAACAAUAAUUAUCUAUAUGAUUAAUUCAUUGAAUACAAAUAAAAGCACACGAACAUAACAUUUUUAUUACAUAUUAGUAACAGCAUUGAACAGCGGAACUAUCAACGUUUACUUGUUUAAUAUAAAACGAUUUCAACUUGACUAGGACCGGAGGCGGAUUAAGAAGGAAACACAGGGAUCUACGCUCUAGGAGUUACUGACGGAUAGCGUGAAGGGAACGGGACCAUGGCCUCAACACAAGCGCCAUCGCCGCUCAUCUACUUAUACACUAAUGACAUUCCCGUGUGGCUGCAGGUGACGCUCGGAAUAACAUCAGUAGUCGCCGCCUUACUGUUGCUAACGUGCCUAACAUUAUGUUGUAUGCGCCUAUGUGGGUGUUGGACCGGGAACAUCCUGGGCGUGGGCGCACUAAGACGACCCCUGGACGAGGCGGACCAUAUCGGCUGCUGGUGCUGUCGGCCCCCUAUACUGUCACAUAGGGGGCGCAUCGACGACGGCCAAAUUUCGUAUACGAAUGUUAAUGGAAGCAGACGCUCUACGCCUGCCCAGCCCGAGGGCGUCUGGAUGCCGCAUAUGAAACCCGUGCGCAACAACAACACGAGCACACAGUGAAUACAACGCCAGGCGGUUUUACCUUAAUAAUGUUUCAUGGUAUUCUUACAUAGUUUUUUGUAUUUCUUCUUGCAGU